UCCGGGAUACCAACCUGCACCCACUAUCACUCCUUCAGGAACUAAACGACAGCGUUCCUUGCACCUCGAGCUAACGGACCCUGCAUACUCCCAUGGCGACUAUUCAGCAGCGAUCGAGCAAUAAGCUCUCAGUUUCUUCAAACAGAAGCUCAGAUGGUCUAUACAAGCAUCGUCAAAGCAUGCUCUUCCGAGAACUGGAAAUUCUACUCGAACUCACACCGAGCACCUUUAGCUCACCACUUCUGGCCCUUCCAAGAGAGAUCCGCGACCAGAUAUUCAACUAUGUGUUACCUGAUCCCACAAGGAAUCGUCCGGAACUUCACACUUGCCUAUGGGGUGCGGAGAUGUCCAAUGGAGAACCCUGGAGACACGACAUUUUCGGAUAUGGAUCCUCCGUAACCAAAGCAUCCCGCCUACGGCCGGAGCUUCUCUUGAUUAACAAACAAAUCCGGGACGAGCUGCUUCACAAUUACUUUCGCCGCUGCAAGAUCACUCUGCAUGCUGAACUACGGAAUACGCGGACGAACAACGACUAUUUCGAGUUCUCACAACACAUCCUGCAACUGCCCAUGUUGAAGCAUGUAACGCAUAUACGCUUCUACGUUGAAUGGAACUACACGACGCUGAAAAACGGAGGGCGAGAUCGCAUGAUGAAAGACCAGACCCGUAUGACGAAGAACCUCCUCGCCGCCAUGGACAAGAUCGCCCUGUCGCUCCAAUGCAUCGAGACGAUCGAGCUAUCAGUACUCUUCUUUUGGAAGUUCCGGAGUGGGAAAAUGUACAGUCUUUCCAUGCAGGACCUCUUUGACCUCGAAGAUGUGUUCAAGCGCUGCGCAGAGCUGCCCUGGCUUGGUUUACUCGGCGAAAAUGACCUACCUGGAAAGAAGAAGACGACUACUUCUACCUACCUCAGCCCGACUUCGGCAACGAUGAACUCUUCGGCGGGUGUGGGCUACAAGAUGUCGACGGAGAAGAAGGGUACGGAGCAGAGUGGAGGUAUGGAGAUUUGCAUCAGUCGUGACUUGGAGGAUGCGAUGGAGGAGAGGAGAAAGAGUAGUGUUGACUUUUUCGGCAACUACGAAGUCACAGAGCCUUUGCCUCAGCCUAGUUAUCGGCAUGGUGCUAUGAUAUGAGGUGAAGGGCUCGUAGGAUUAUUUGGUUUUAUGGAUUGAAGAUGGCAUGCUUUCGCCUGAAGCAUGGCCAGACAUUGCCAACGACAGCACUUUUGACAGACGGCUCCUGGUCUUACAACAUCUGCUUUGCGUACAAUACCACGAUCCGAUUACUGACGCUAUCACAACGCGAACGAAUAACGUCAU